CGGUCCGUAUUCGUCGUGUGCCUGGUUAACGGUUCAUACCACCUUCGCCUUUUCUACUAAGGACAGGUAACAGUGAAUUCAUUGCUUAGUGCAUCUGCGUUGGUCAACGGGUACACACUGGUACGUUGCAGUGCGUUUCAAAUCGUAUCCUUGAAUAGCUUGUGUUUGCGUGUGUGUUGGUGUGUGUGUGUUUCGUUCUAGUAAAAUAUAAACCAAGUGAGAUAAAAUAAAAAUGUCACCAAUCUCGGAAUUCCGUAAGAAGAAGCUACUGUACGUAUUCAACGUAUUCUUCGAUGUCAACCAGAGCGGUGAAAUCGACCGUAAGGAUUUCGAAUUAGCAAUUGAGAAAAUCUGUGAACUUCGCGGGUGGCCAGCAGGUAAUCCGAAGAAUGUAGAAACGCACGAUAGCAUGUUCAAGAUCUGGGAAGGCUUGCGCUCCAAGGCGGAUAAAGAUAACGAUGGUCAGGUGUCUGUUGAUGAGUGGUGCAACAUGUGGGAUGCCUAUGCAAAAGAUCCAAGCACUGUCAUGGACUGGCAAUUAAGGUACAUGAAUUUCAUGUUUGACCUCGAAGAUGCCUCACACGACGGAACAAUCGACGGAGACGAAUUUUCGAUUGUGUGCUCCAGCUACGGUGUUGAUAAAAACGAGUGCCAGGAGGCGUUCAAAAAGAUGUCAAAGGGCGAAGUGGAAGUGAACCGAGAACAGUUUGCUGAUCUAUGGCGUGAAUACUUUUCAUCAGAUGAUCCAGCCUCACCCGGUAACUUCAUUUUUGGCAAAACAUCGUUUUAACGGAGUUAUAGCCCUUGAAUGUACCAAUGGCUUAAUGCUUAGUCCAGAAAGGAAUAAACGACCCGCUAAUUGCCAAUAAUGAAGGAAGUAUGACGCUGAUAAUGAUGAUAAAAAUAAACGACACCAGUGGCAUAGCAUCUUGGAUGCGUGUGGCAAAUGAUUCAAAUAUGUUUCGACGAAAAAAGUUUGAGUAACUGUCCACGGCUAUAAUAUCGGUUUCCUGCUCUAUGGUAAUCGGCUAAUAUUGCUAGUUGAAAUAAAUCAGAUAACUCUGUCUUAGUUAAUGCUGUUGCCUUUGGUUUAUUUUGUUUCUUUUCAUCUUGUUAUAUUACAUUCGUUUAAAAUAAAGAAAUUUGUUAUGAUUGUUUUUUUUUAUUUUAUGAUUAAAGCAGCAUAGAUUAAUUUGAGUUUAUUUGUUAAGCAAAAAUUAGAAAAAAAUAAUACAAUACACAUUCCACUUGGGUGCGGUGUCACAAUUGGGGCAAGGUUAAGGAACUAUAAAUGAUAAGUGGAUUAUAUUCCAAACCCAUCUUGAAAGCGGAAGAUAACACAAGAAAACAAAAGUUGUAAGGAAAUCCGAACACUGCAACAACUACCGCUUUGUUUAUGUCAAAUGCUGGUAACAGAAUAUCCGAAAUUAUACGAAGAAGGAAAUCUGCUUCCACUGUAGUGUUAGCGAGAAGUUUACCUUUCCCUUUGUUAUCUGUUUUUAUACAGUUCGUAAUAUGUUUUAACGACAAUGUAAAGCGAUACAUUUGUUUACUUUGAGAAUUUUAAUAUUAAUUAAAUACUUAACUUUACAGAAAAAACCUCAUAUCAUGAAACACGGUUUGAAAAAAAACCGUCUACAAAGUGUAAUGUUACCAUAGUUAUUAGACUUGUUAUUUGUUUUAUUGCCUUUGAUUUUGAUUUCCAUUUCAUUACUUUCAUCGGAUUUGAUGCACCAAUAAUUUGAUGCAUUAAAAAAAUUCUAUUUUUGUUUUGUUUAUGCAAAAUGAUAGCCACAAAGGGAAACUGCACAAAAUGUUUUUGAUAGAUAGACAGAAGUCAGAAAAAGUACUCAACUAAUGUUAAAGAAAACCGAUCAUUUACACAACAAUGACAAAUAUCAACGAUUUUGUCAUUAUGUACAACCAAACUAGUAGAUCUUGUGAGAAAAAAACUCAGUUAAACAGACACUAUGGAGCAAAAUUGUGUAGCACAGUGAAACGGAUUACGAUUAAGCGAACACUGAAAUCGAAUCAAAUGAUCGAAAUGUCUUCAGAUCUGAUUGUUCUGGGAAUUUUCAUGAUAUUAAAUAUUACAUGUGCAUGUGUAGUAGAAUCUACCUACUGAAAAAGGGGAAGAUGAAGAAGAAGAUACAAUCUAAAUUUAUAACUGUUUUUAAGGAAAAAUUUCUUGUUGCUAAAAGAAAACAAAAACAUGAAGUAACUAUGUCGAAACUUUCAUUCUCUUGGAACAUAAGCACAAAAAUCUGUACUCUCUAAACUAUUUCUUUAAUCUUCUCUUUGAAAUCGAAAAAAAAAAAACAUUCAACUUCAUAAUUCCGUAAAUCGACAAUACCACUACAACCAAUGUAGAAGCAAGGUGUAUGUUUUUGGGGAGAACAGCUCGUAUUCUAUUUCAUGUGCAUUCGGUGACAGAAGAGACUCUAGCGUUACUGUUGCUGCUUUAAAACUUUUGGUCAAAACCCAACAUUCCUAUUUGUGUUCCGCACUUCUUGUUCCUGUUACAUUAGCUUACAAAUCUUUAAACAAACGACACUCUAGCGUCAAUACGUUUGUGCAAAAUGUGUGAAUGAACACGAUUCAACAGGGAAAUCGGCCUUAGCUGAGAUCAUUAAUUCGAAACAAACAACAAAUUCAAAUGUUGAGACAAAAUAAAGAGCAAGAAUCAAAUACUACAUUCUGGCAAGCAAAAACCAUGAAACCAGCAGUGUCUACGGUACGAAACAGACAACAUGGUCGUCAAUUAAAUGUAUCUCGUUCGUGUUUGAAAUGUUGCCUAAUGGAACACAUCUUCUAAAUGUAAAGAUGACCCAUUAAAACACCAUUCAAAUGUCAAUUCAUUUAUUGGAAUAUCAAACCUUGAUCCAAACCGAUUUACCUUUAACGAUAGUAGAUUUCGGGAAAAAAUGAACGAAUGUGUCUAUUGUAUGUCUAUUUCUCGAGGUACGGUGUGAAUUAGUAAGAUGUGAAUUUAAUAACACUACCUAAACACAUUAAGACAACUAUAGAUAUAUUAAUGUUGAAUGUUAUGAGAUUUGCCGAAAACAAAAAAUCUGUCAAACAUAAUUGGUGAAUAAUAAUAAAAGUGUUUGAUGUGGGUAAGACAGA